CCUCCUUCGUGCACAGUUUGCUCAGUAAAGCUCUUCAAAAGACAGUAAGAAUUCGUCUUGCUCCUGCCUGGUGCCCCAUCUCCCUGGUCUUUAGGGAUGAUGGAGGCAGGAUAACUGCGCGGGCAGCGCCUGGCCAGCCCUAGGACCCGCCCAGCCCAGAGCCUGGCAAAACCGAAGCCCCACACUUUCGUAGGCAGAUGGUUAAGUUCCCCCAGGUUUGUGCCAGGUUUCAACGUCAUGAUGUGAUUUUAUUCUUCUGGGACGGGAUGAGUGUUGCUUCCCAGAGUGGCCCGAUUAGAACAGAAAGAAAAUCCUCUAAGUAGGCGGAACAAGGCAUCAGGAGGGAAAGUUCUCUGAGUGCACUUUAAUACGAGCUGGGGAUUGUGUGGGAUCAGCGCCCAGCACCGUUUAGCCGGAGAGUCAUGGCAGUGACUGCGGAUGAAUAGAGGUACAUAAUGGAUACAUGUGGCGUUUGCUCAUUAUGUUCAAGUUAGCCCAACUCCGCUGUGGAAACUGUUCAACUUUCUCUCCCCUUAGCUUGUCACAGUGAAAUAAUACAGACAUUGGGGCCUCCAAUGGGAUCGCCUGCCACGCCAUUCUAUUUCCACUGCUAACGAGGGAUUCAUAAGCCUUUGAUACAGUCUGAUCUUUGAAACCUUUCCAAAUCUCCUCAAGCUUAUGCUAAAUCCUAUUUGGAACUUUUUUUCCUGGCCUGCUAGCGCCCAGGGCUUAAGAAAGCCAUUUGGACGGUGACAUGCAUACUAACACGUCGCAGAGCUCUUUUGUGAAGGGGAAGUGGCAGCUCUGAUCACUGAAACUCACACGAGCAAAACACAAUUGCGUACAAAAAUUUGAAUAAAAUCAAUUUUCCUUAUCCUUCGGGAUCCUAAAUAGCAAGGCUAUUUUCAAGUGCAGUGAAACACAGACAGAAGGCGAGCAGAGCCUCGCCGGGCAGAGGAAGUCUGUGGCGAGGAGGCUGAGAGCUUUUGGAAGCCUCUGGGAUGCAAAACGGAGUGAGUGAGUGGGGGGUCCCGAGUCUCUGGGGAGAAAUUCCAGCCUGUUUGCUCUUAGUUCGCAGGCAGUAGUUAGUUCAAGCACGGUAGAGGCACAAUUAACAAAACCAUCCACUUCUUUUACUCACAGAGAGCUGUCAACUCCUCUACAAGCAGGGAGCUGACAGGAAAUGAAAAGAAAAAAAACUGGAGUUAAAGAAACAAAGGAAAGAUUUCCUAAUUUUCCUUUCUUGUUUUCCCCUCUAAGCCUUUCCACAUUAAAGGGAUUGUCUGAGGCUGGUGUAGGAGCUGCGCGAGGGCGAAGCCACCAUUGGCUGCCUGGCUCUGGUGAUUUGCAUAUCUGCCGCUACAAAAGCGGAGGCGGCGCGCUGCAGCGCAGCUCCAGCUAGAAGGAAGGAGUGAGCGGUUUGUAGUGUGGACAGGUCCGCGCGUCCUCAGAGCCCGCCGGAACCUGCGAGCUGCAGCCCGCAGACUUCUCUCGCACUGGGCUCUCAAAGAGCUGCUCCGAAGAGACUGGGAUUGACUCCCGGACCUGCAAACCAGAGAAGAAUCUCUUCCUCAGCCUUUUGGAAUAGUGCUUGCGGCUAGCGGCAUGAGUCCAGCGAGGCGUGGGGGCAGCCCCUGCCUUUUCCCCUUGCAGCUCUUCAGCCUCUGCUGGGUGCUCUCAGUGGCCCAAAGCAAGACAGUGCGGUACAGCACCUUCGAGGAGGACGCCCCUGGCACCGUCAUUGGGACCCUAGCUGAAGAUCUGCAUAUGAAAGUAUCUGGAGACACAAACUUCCGCCUGAUGAAGCAGUUCAACAGCUCGUUGCUCCGGGUGCGCGAGGGCGAUGGGCAGCUGACCGUCGGCGACGCGGGCCUGGACCGCGAGAGGCUGUGCGGCCAGGCCCCGCAGUGCGUGCUGGCCUUCGACGUGGUCAGCUUCUCCCAGGAUCAGUUCCGGCUGGUGCACGUGGAGGUGGAAGUGAGGGACGUCAACGACCACGCGCCGCGCUUCCCCCGGACCCAGAUCCCCGUGGAGGUGUCCGAGGGCGCGGCAGUGGGCACGCGCAUCCCUCUGGAGGUGCCGGUGGACGAGGACGUGGGCGCCAACGGGCUGCAGAGCGUGCGGUUGGCUGAGCCACACAGCCCCUUCCGAGUGGAACUGCAGACCCGCGCUGACGGCGCCCAGUGCGCCGACCUGGUGCUGCUGCAGGAAUUGGACCGCGAGAGUCAGGCCGCCUACAACCUGGAGCUGGUAGCCCAGGACGGCGGCCGCCCGCCGCGCUCCGCCACGACCGCCCUCAGCGUGCGCGUGCUGGACGCCAAUGACCACAGCCCGGCCUUCCCGCAGGGCGCGGUGGCCGAGGUGGAACUGGCGGAGGACGCGCCCGUAGGCUCGCUGCUGCUCGACCUCGACGCGGCGGACCCCGACGAGGGGCCUAACGGCGAAGUGGUGUUCGCUUUCGGAGCCCGCACCCCCCAGGAGGCGCGCCGCCUCUUCCGCCUGGACCCGCGGUCUGGACGCCUCACCCUGGCCGGACCCGUGGACUACGAGCGCCAGGACACCUAUGAGCUGGACGUGCGGGCGCAGGACCGCGGCCCCGGGCCCCGCGCCGCCACCUGCAAGGUCAUAGUGCGCAUCCGCGACGUCAAUGACAACGCCCCGGACAUCGCCAUUACCCCGCUGGCCGCCCCUGGCGCACCUGCUGUCUCGCCGUUUGCAGCCGCCGCCGCGGCCUCCGCCGCUGCUCUUGGAGGAGCAGACGCGACCUCGUCGACCUCACCAGGGACGCCAGAGGCCGACGCCAUCUCUCUGGUGCCAGAAGGGGCAACGCGCGAGAGUCUGGUAGCUCUGGUCAGCACCUCGGACAGGGACUCGGGCGCCAACGGGCAGGUGCGCUGCGCCCUCUACGGGCACGAGCACUUCCGGCUGCAGCCGGCCUACGCGGGCAGUUACCUGGUGGUGACCGCCGCAUCCCUGGACCGCGAGCGCAUCGCCGAGUACAACCUGACCCUGGUGGCUGAGGAUCGCGGCGCACCCCCGCUACGCACUGUGCGGCCCUACACCGUGCGCGUGAGCGACGAAAACGACAACGCGCCGCUCUUCACGCGCCCGGUCUACGAGGUGUCAGUGCGUGAGAACAACCCUCCCGGUGCCUACUUGGCCACCGUGACCGCCCGGGAUCCGGACUUAGGUCGCAACGGCCAGGUCACCUACCGGCUGCUGGAGGCUGAGGUGGGCCGCGCCGGAGGUGCCGUGUCCACCUACGUCUCGGUGGACCCGGCAACCGGAGCUCUCUACGCGCUGCGCAGCUUCGACUAUGAGACGCUGCGCCAGCUCGACGUGCGCAUUCAGGCGAGUGACGGCGGCUCCCCUCAGCUCUCCAGCAGCACCCUGGUGCAAGUGCGGGUGCUAGACCAAAACGACCACACACCGGUCCUGGUGCACCCGGCACCGGCCAACGGCUCCCUGGAAGUGGCGGUUCCCGGGCGCACGGCGAGGGACACGGCUGUGGCGCGCGUGCAGGCCCGGGAUGCAGACGAGGGCGCCAAUGGGGAGCUGGCAUUCGACCUGCUGCAGCAGGAGCCGCGAGAGGCCUUCGCUAUUGGCCGCCGCACGGGGGAGAUCGUGCUCACCGGCGACCUCUCGCAGGAGCCGCUAGGUCGCGUGUUUCGGGCGCUGCUGGUCGUAACCGACGGCGGCCAUCCGCCGCUCUCCAAUACCGCCACCGUCAGCUUUGUGGUGACAGCAGGCGGCGGGCGCGGCCUCGUGGCGCCCGCCAGCGCCGGGAGCCCGGAGCGCUCUCGCCCGCCCGGCUCGCGGCUCGCGGCAUCGGGGCCGACGCUACAGUGGGACACUCCGCUGAUCGUCAUCAUCGUGCUAGCCGGGAGCUGCACGCUGCUGCUAGCCGCCAUCAUCGCCAUCGCCACCACCUGCAACCGCCGCAAGAAGGAGGUGCGCAAAGGGGGGACCCUCCGGGAAGAGCGACCCGGGGCGGCGGGCGGCGGAGCCUCGGCUCCCGGCUCCCCGGAGGAGGCCGCCAGGGGAGCCGGGCCCAGGCCCAACAUGUUCGACGUGCUCACCUUCCCUGGCAGCGGCAAAGCGCCAUUUGGCAGCCCCGCGGCCGACCCGCCCCCGCCCGCGGUCGCCGCGGCCGAAGUGCCGGGCUCGGAGGGCGGCAGCGCCACCGGGGAAAGCUCCUGUCACUUCGAGGGGCAGCAGCGGCUCCGCGGCGCGCACGCCGAGCCCUACGGUGCGUCUCCGGGCUUCGCAAAGGAGCCGGCGCCCCCUGUGUCGGUCUGGAAAGGACACUCUUUCAACACCAUCUCCGGCCGAGAAGCCGAGAAAUUCAGUGGCAAAGACAGUGGUAAAGGGGACAGUGAUUUCAACGACAGCGAUUCUGACAUCAGCGGGGACGCUCUGAAGAAGGAUCUCAUCAGCCACAUGCAGAGUGGACUGUGGGCGUGCACUGCUGAGUGUAAGAUUCUGGGUCACUCUGACCGCUGCUGGAGCCCGUCGUGCGGAGGGCCCAACACGCAUCCCUCUCCUCACCCACCAGCGCAGAUGUCAACCUUCUGUAAAAGCACGUCCCUGCCUCGGGAUCCUCUGCGCAGGGACAAUUUUUACCAGGCCCAGUUGCCGAAGACAGUGGGGUUGCAGAGCGUCUAUGAGAAAGUGCUACACAGAGACUAUGACAGGACAGUCACUCUGCUCUCCCCUCCUCGCCCAGGGAGGCUCCCUGACUUGCAGGAGAUUGGGGUACCCCUCUAUCAGUCACCCCCUGGCAGGUAUUUGUCCCCAAAGAAGGAAGCCAAUGAAAAUGUGUAAUCCAUAUGCUGCAUGUCUUCACACAUAUACAGGUCACUCCGAGAAGCCCCUAAAUUAUUGACCAGUUUCAGUGUUGUAUAUAUAAAUAUGCAAGAUGUGCCUUAAAAUGAAGUUGUUGGAAGCUAUUUCCAAUCACAUUGGUACUGUUUCGUAUUUGCAAACAAAAAUGUAGUUAAUGUAAUUUUUAUGAAAUGUGUGCAGUAUUUCAUUUUUCUUAUCAUGCUAUUGACUUUAAUUUCACUUGCAGCUUGCCAUUUUCUUAGUGUUUUUAACCUGUACAUUGUGUAAUGUAAUGUUUGUAUAUAAUGAAAUUUUGUUCUAUUUUUAUAUAAUAAAAGCUAAAGUGGAAGUUAUUGCCAAAGGAACUGUCUAUACGACAAAAACAAAACAUGUUGGAAUUACUUAAUGGACAUUUAUCUUUUACCUGAAACAACCUAGUGUUUGAGAAUAUUUGCCUUGCCAAGUAUACCCUGUAUAUCUUGAGUCUGUGGUAGAUUUCAAGUUCAUUGUUAUUUAAUUACAUUUGGUUUUCUGUAAACCAUGUCACUUAUAAGCACAGUAAUAAAGGAUUUGUCAUGUGUUUGAAGGACCUGCUAAUCACUUUUCAUGAAGCUGCCUACAGUUAGACAUUCACAAAUAAUUUGAGUAUCAGAAUUAAAAACCUUCUUUCAACUUAGUUACUUGGGCAUUACUAGUAUUCACAGCAAUAUUAAACAUGUGGAAUUUCAAGUAUUGGAAAGUCUCACUAAAUCUUAAAAAUAUUUACUUUGUAAACAUGCG